AUGAAGACAUCUUCCCUCCUCGCCCUCGCUGCUGCUGGCGGCUCCCAGCUCGUCGCUGCUCACACUACCGUAUACAACAUCCUCGUCAACGGAAAAGACCAAGGCCUUGGAAACAAAGCAGGCGGCUACAUCGACUCUCCCCCCAACAACAACCCCCUCGUCGACGUCACCUCCAAGGACAUGACGUGCAACGUAGCCGGCACAAAAGCCACCACCUCAGUCACCGUCGCUGGCGGAGACGAAAUCACAUUCCAAUGGCACCACAACAACAACUCCCCCAGCGACGACAUCAUCGACCCCUCACACAAGGGCCCCAUCAUGGUCUACAUCUCCAAAUCCAGCCCCUCCCUCUCCUGGACCAAACUCGCCGAAGACGGCUACGACGGCAAGUCCUGGGCCGUCGACAAACUGAUUGCCGGAAGCUACACGGGCAAGCCAGGUCAGCACAAGGUCAAGCUGCCCAAGCUGGCCGCCGGCGACUACAUUCUGCGUCCGGAGAUUAUCGCGCUGCACGAGGGGAACCGCGACAAGGGCGCGCAGUUCUACAUGGAGUGUGUGCAUGUCAAGGUUACGGGUUCCGGGUCUGUUGCGCUGCCGGCUGGUGUGGUUAUUCCGGGGGCGUACAGGGCUAAUGAUGCUGGUAUCUUGUUUGAUAUUUACUCGGGCAGGGUUUCUAGUUAUCCUAUUCCUGGACCCAAGGUUUGGAACGGUGGCAGUGGUGGUGGUGCUGCUCCUGCUCCUGCUCCUGCUCCUGCUCCGGUCACCACGAAGGCUCCUGCGCCUCUUAAGCCUGCUGCCACUGCCCCGCCCAAGAAGACUACUCUUGCCACUGUUGCUAAGCCUGCUGCUACACCUGCCACUGGUGCCGUCGCUCAAAUGUACGCUCAGUGCGGUGGUCAGGGCUACACUGGCGCCAAGGCAUGUGCGGCGGGUAGCAAGUGUACCGUUCAGAACGCAUACUACUCGCAGUGCUUGUAG